AUGCGAACUGACCGUGAGUGUUCACCGGCUGAAAACCAAGUGGUAUGUAGAUGCGAAGAAGACGAUGUCGGAAAAGCAUUUUUGAUUAUAGAACAAGUAUUACCGUUUAUUCAUCAACAAGUGCAUUUCUCACAGCAUCCCCAUCACGCAGUCAUAGCGAAGGUGGAACAAGACGUAACAGCGGAGAUAACACUCAAUUUGAAAGAAGCAGUCACUAACGUGAGAACGGAAAAUGAGGACGACAUCUGUUUCAUUGAGAAUACAGAUCUCACUGGAUGCUAUAAGUGCAACAAGGGAGCGAGAGCAGUAGUGAUAUGUAAAUCAAAUUUCAACAUUGUUCUGCUGAAGUCGAAUGUGGCAAAGACAGUUUUACGAUUCCUUGCUCUCCUUCUGGACAAAAAUCUCAACUCAACUUCCUUUUCGACCCAGCAAGAGUCCAUAUCCUGUGUUCUAACGAAAUCCUCAUCAGAACGGUACGACGAAUACACUAAAGAAAGCCAAGUCAAAGAACGAAAGCUGAUCGAAGAAAUCAGAUACAAGCGUUCCUGCAUCAAGUUGGCACCACGCUUCCGUCUGAAGAAGACAUCCAAAAACGAUAUGUAG